CUCCCCAGUCAAUUACCGCAAUACCAUCUUCUGGAUCUCUCCCUCUCUCUCUUCAAUCUGUCUCAAUCACCUAAUUGGUUCUUUCGUCUCAGCUUCGAACAAUCGGAUCUCAGUACUGAUUCACUUGCUCUUUCCGAUUGAAAAACAAAAUUUGGAGCUUCUACAGACUAACAAUGGCUAUCUCAGUCCAAAACCUCAUCAAGGAGCGCAAAUAUCCAUUCGUCUUCUCUCUCUUCGUCCUCCUCCUCUUUGUCACAUUCAUUCUCUUGUCCACCUCCUCUCAAUCCCCUAUCAAUUUCACCACCGAUCUCGCCCAAUCACGACCUCAAUCUCAAUCUCAAUCUCAAUCUUCGCCUCCACCGGUGCUCUCAAACCCUAGCACACAGACAACACCACCUGAAGAAGAUCGCGAUCGUUUUUCACCCAAGGCUGAUGAUGUGAAUUUGAGUUGGAGGCUCUGUGAUGGUGUAGUUGCGGUUGAUUACAUUCCUUGUCUUGACAAUUUCAAGGCCAUAAAGUCUUUGAAAUCGAGGAGGCAUAUGGAGCACAGAGAGCGCCAUUGCCCUGACCGGAGUCUGCAGUGCUUGCUUCCUCUUCCUCCUGGAUAUAAGGUUCCGGUUCCGUGGCCUAAGAGCAGGGAUAUGAUAUGGUUUAAUAAUGUUCCUCACCCUAAGCUUGUUGAAUACAAGAAGGACCAAAAUUGGGUGCGCAAGUCUGGUGACUAUCUUGUUUUCCCCGGAGGCGGUACUCAAUUUAAGGAUGGAGUUACUCACUACAUUGAGUUCAUAGGAAAGACUUUACCUAAAAUUAAAUGGGGAAAGCACGCAAGGGUUAUUUUAGAUGUAGGUUGUGGCGUUGCUAGUUUUGGUGGCUAUUUGUUGGACAAAGAUGUUAUCACCAUGUCAUUUGCACCAAAGGAUGAACAUGAGGCUCAGAUACAAUUUGCUCUUGAGCGGGGAAUUCCUGCUACUCUCUCGGUCAUUGGAACAAAAAGGCUGCCUUUUCCUGAUAAUGCAUAUGAUAUGAUUCACUGUGCACGAUGCAGGGUUCACUGGGAUGCAGAUGGUGGAAAACCACUGUUGGAACUCAACAGGAUCCUUAGGCCUGGAGGGCUCUUUGUUUGGUCUGCUACACCAGUAUACCGCGAUGAUAAAAGAGAUCAGAAUGUCUGGAACUCUAUGGUGGUUCUGACUGAAUCUCUAUGCUGGAAGGUAGUGGCAAAAACUUUUGAUUCAUCUGGUAUUGGGAUGGUUAUAUAUCAGAAACCUGUUUCAUCUUCCUGCUAUAAAAUACGCAAGGACAAUAAGCCACCUUUAUGUGAUCAAAACAGUAGGCCAAACAGUUCAUGGUAUGUGCCCCUUGACAGUUGUCUUGCCCUGCUGCCAGCAGUGGUUAGCUGGCCCGCCCCAUGGCCUCAAAGGCUUAACAGUAAACCUCCAAGCCUAUCAACUAAACGAGAUGCUGAAGAAAUCUUUUAUGAGGACACCAAACACUGGUCUGCACUUGUCUCAGAUGUUUAUCUGGAAAGCCGCCUUGGUAUAGACUGGUCAAGAGUGAGGAAUGUAAUGGAUAUGAAUGCUGGUUAUGGAGGAUUUGCGGCAGCAAUUAUUGAUCGACCUCUGUGGGUAAUGAAUGUAAUACCAGUCUCUGGGCCAGAUACUUUAUCUGUUAUCUUCGAUAGAGGGCUGAUUGGAGUCUAUCAUGACUGGUGUGAGUCUUUGAAUACCUAUCCUCGAACUUACGAUCUUCUGCAUUCCAGUUUCCUCUUCAGAAACAUAACUCAAAGAUGUGAAAUGACAGCUGUGGCUGUUGAGAUGGAUCGCAUAUUGAGACCAGGUGGAUUUGUUUUGGUUCAAGACACAGUCAAAAUGAUCAACAGUCUUGGUCAAAUUCUACGUUCGCUUCACUGGUCAAUAACCAUACAUCAAGAACAGUUCCUUGUUGGUAAGAAAGGUUUUUGGCGUCCCGAUGGCAAAAUGAGGAUAUAAUGAAAGGCACCAAUUGUUUUUUUUGUGUGAACACUCCAUGUUGUAUCUUCUCUUUUGCAGAGUUAGAAAAGGAAAAAUGCAUAUUCUUUUUCCCCUUCAGAGAUUUUCCCGAAGAAUAGAAAUUUGUGGUGGCAAGACAUGAAUUCAUUUCAUUUGUUUUUAGCAUGGAAAAUAAAAAUAAAAAAUUGUAACAGCAUUUGCGGGCAAUAAUGAAAAAUGAUUUGAUAAUCCAA